GUCGCAAUACAAACAAAACAAAUCGAUUUUUCAAAGCCUCCUCUUCGGGAGUUGUGGAAUUUUAUUUGAGUUUUGACCCGAGAGACUGUAGGCUACUGAAAAUGCGUCUCUCUCACCUGCUCUGUCUUUCCUUCUCCCUCUUCCUUGCUCCCUCUCUUUCAGAGGGAGUCUCCCAGAUGUUUGGCUUGGUAGUGUCCCCUCUUUUCCCUCAGGGGUACCCCAACAAUGUGCUUGAGACCUGGGACAUCGCUGUACCCCCGGGGUACGCCAUCCAACUGCACCUCACUCACCUGGAUAUCGAGAACUCAGAGAACUGCGAAUAUGACUUCCUUAAAGUGUCUGUGGAUGGAGUGGUGUUAUCCACUCUCUGUGGGGAGAAGUCCUUCUCUGAGCUCCGCUCCACAGUGAACCCGGCUCUGUACUCCACUCUGGGGUCCAUGAGGCUGACCUUCCAGAGCGACUUUUCAAACACAGAGAGACACACCGGCUUCUCAGCGCACUACUCUGCUGUGGAUAUAAACGAGUGUGAUGACCCCUAUACCGGCUGUUCUCAUGACUGCAGUAACUACAUCGGAGGGUUCUACUGCUCCUGUCAACCAGGGUACCUCCUGCAAGAAGACAACACUACCUGUGCAGUAAACUGCAGUGGUGAAGUCUUCUCCUCUCUCUUGGGGUCACUGUCCAGCCCCAGCUACCCCGGUCUCUACCCUGAGAACUCAGCCUGCUCGUACAGCCUGCAGGUGGAGGAAGGCUUCCAGCUGGUCCUCGCCUUCGAGGGAGUGUUUGAUAUCGAGAGUGGGGAGAGGGGGGCGUGCGUCGACUCACUCAGGAUCCGGGCUGGAGGGCGGGAGUGGGGCCCGUACUGUGGCAAUGUGGCCCCCAAGGAUCCUGUGGUGACGAACUCAAACCAUGCAGAGGUCCUGUUCAACACGGACGGCUACGGAGCCAACAAGGGCUGGAAAAUCAAAUACACAACGAAAGCUAAAACAUGUCCAGAUUUCGUGACGGCAAACAGUGUGCUUGAACCGAAGCGGCCAGUGCAACAGUUUAAAGACCAAGUGAGAGUGACGUGCAACAAAGGCCACGAGAUCGUCAUUGGAGCUAAAGCAAAACAUCACUUUGAUUCGUGGUGUCAGAAAAAUGGUGUUUGGAGUGAUAUUGAAAUCUGCGAACCUGUUGACUGCGGGCCUCCGAAGGAGAUAGACAAUGCAGAGUUGAAGUUCAAUAAUGAAAGCUCACCAACGACCUACCAGAGCCAGAUCUACUAUGAGUGUGAGGCUCCAUACUACCAAAUCAACACAGACGGAAAAGCUCAAUUCAGCUGUGAAGCUGAUGGCAUGUGGACAUCUAGUGAUGGAAAAUUAGACAUACCACACUGUAUUCCAGUCUGUGGCAGGCCCUCGAAACCUCUGGAGUCUAUCCAGCGAAUCUUUGGGGGAAAGCCGGCCCAGCUGGGGAAUGUGCCAUGGCAGGUGUUCUUCCAGUCCCCACGGGGGGGCGGAGCGCUGAUCUCUGAUCGCUGGGUGCUCACCGUGGCACACAUGGCACAGGUCGACCAACCCUAUAUCUACAUGGGCUUCCUGGACGCAAGGCAUCUGGGGCAGGCAGUCAGAUUAGAGGUGGAGAAGAUGAUCAUACACCCCAAGUACAAGAAGCACGAUGGAGGCUCCGCACAGUACAACUACGACAAUGACAUCGCGCUCGUCAAACUCAAGGGCAAGGUGAAGAUGGGGCCCAAUGUGACCCCCAUCUGCCUCCCUCAGAGCGAGGAAGAAGGACAACCAGAGCUGGGGAAGAUCGGGUUCAUAUCGGGAUGGGGACGAGUCAAACCGAGACAGACUGGCAAGACACCAGUGUCCCCAGUACUGCUGUACGCGAUGAUCCCUGUAGCAAAGACACAGAGCUGUACAGACGUGAAGCCCACAGGACCCGAGAUUCAGAAGGAGAAGUUUGUGAUCACAGAUAACAUGUUCUGUGCUGGGAUGCCAGGCGUAGACAGCUGUCAAGGAGACAGUGGAGGGGGCUAUGCGUUCCAGGGAGAGGACAGCGUGUUCCAGUUGAAGGGGCUUGUGUCCUGGGGAAUAGAAUGUGGUUCCUAUGGGUUCUACACAAAGGUCGUGAACUACCUGGACUGGAUACGCGACACCAUGGCAGCAAACGAAGACUGAACGGAACAGUUGAGUUUGACACUGCAGUGUAAUCCCUUCUUGGUGUUCAUUAAUUUAGUACAUUCUUGCCGAGUUUAGCCUCAUUAACGCUGCAGACACAUUAAUCCUGUGUGACACUCAAAUAUAAUCCUUUCUAGGUGUCUGUUGGUUCAUUUACUACAUUCUUACUGUGUUUACUUUCAUUAAAACUACAUAAAGACAGAGUCCCAUGAUUCAGUCCAGUUUGCUUGCACUUUUUCAGCUGCAGGGACACACGCUUCCUCCCUUGCUUGCCACUACAUGUAUGAUGAUAAUAAAGAAAACCUGUCUGCAACCUUUAAGAGCAUAUGAAAAAAUUGUAAUUGUGUAUCUAAAUAAACUAACGCAAAUGUCAA